GUUUCGUAGCUACCUCAAGCCCUUUAUACUCUCUUUCAGCCUCAUAAGCUCCGAAAUAUUUUUGGAAAAUUUGAGGUGAGUCCACAACUUGACCUCGGUUACCAAGAGACAAGUGUGCAUUUUUUACUUAUACAAAGUUCCUUCUUCAAAUGCAGCUGUGUCAACAGAGAAACUGACACAAUUAGAAGACAUUGUUGUGGAACCGAGUUUGCAAAACCCAGACCAUUUUCCUCAAGUUGAAUGUCGUCCCACUUCCAAGACAGUUUUGCCACUUGACACGAUUUAUUUGACUCUGGAUUCUGAGCUGCUCGGCGCUGCUCCACUAUGAGUCUAUGAGGAAAAAUGUUAAGGAAAAAAGGGAAAUGACUACCAUGCCUUGCUUAUUGCCACUCUUAAGGGUGAAUGGGAAAUUGCAAAGCAGUUCCUCGAUAAAGAUCGUGGACUGGUUCAUGCUAGAUUGACGAAAGGAGGGGACACAGUGAUUCACGUAGCGGCUUUAGGACAAUGCACAUCUUUUGUGAAAGAACUAGUGGAUUACUUGACCGUGGAAGAAUUAGCCGUAGAAAAUGCAUCUAAUGAUGUAGCCCUUGGCAAUGUUGCUGCAUCUGGAAUGGUUGAGCUUGCAAAGUUAAUGGUAGCAAAGAAUAAUGAACUACCGAUGUAUCGCGGCGAUCAUGGAUUGAUACCAUUUGGCACGGCAGCUGAAAUUGGACACAAAGAAAUGGCAAGAUAUCUCUACGGGGUGACUGGUUUCGAUCAUCUAGAUGGAAAGGAACGCACUAGGCUCUUUUUUAUCUGCCUUUCCAACGAUCUGUACGACUUAGCAUUAGAGAUACUGAAGAGAUACCCCACAAUGGCAUAUGAACGAGACGAGGAAGAUAAGAAAACAGCUUUGCAUGUGUUGGCUCAAAAGGACAUUACUUUCAGCAAUGGAAAAAACAUUAUGGAAGGAUGCACCACCUCAAAUUUCAGAGCCUUCUUUAACCAAGAUUCGAGUCCAAAUUACUCGGCGCGUGAAUUACUGGAAAGCCUCUGGAAGCAAAUUCUGCAGUGUUCAAAUGCUGAGGAGAUUUCAGACCUAAUAAGGAUGCCUUCAGGAGUACUUUUUGAUGCUGCAAAGUCAGGAAAUGUUGAGUUUUUAGCUGUGCUUCUCCGCUCUUGUCCUGAACUUUUCUGGGAAUGGGAUGAAAAAAACCGAACCUUAUUUCAUGUUGCUAUAAUCUAUAGACAAGUACAUGUAUUUAAUUUAAUAUAUAACUUAGGAACAGUUAGGGAUUACAUUAUAGGAUUUAUUGUUAAUGAGCGUAACAGCAUGCUGCACUUAGCGGGAAUGUUGCCAGCCACGGAAAGACUCGGUGCACUGCGAGCAAACCUUCAGAUGCAGCGAGAGAUACUGUGGUUUAAGGAAGUGGAAAAGAUUUCCCGGCCUUCUCAUUUGAACAUGAGAAAUGGAAAGGGAAUGACACCUAGAGAAGUUUUCAAUGCUGAACAUAAAGAACUCCUUAAAGUAGGUGAAAAAGCAAUGAAGGAGACAGCCAAUUCAUGUAUGCUUGUAGCAACUCUCAUUUCUACAGUGGUGUUCGCAGCAGCUUUGUGUGUUCCUGGUGCCAGCAAUCAGCUAAACACUCCAUUUUUAACCAAAGAGGAGUGGUUUAUGAUUUUUGUUCUGUCAAAUGCGUUAUCGCUCUUUACAUCUACAGCAUCGAUAGUACUUUCCAUUCUUACUUCAAGCUAUGCAGAAAGUGAAUUUGUCAAGUCAUUGCAUGCAAGGUUGAUGUUCGGACUCACAACACUCUUCAUCUCAAUAACAACUAUGGUCUUGGCCUUUAUUGCUGCAAUCUUUUUGAUCUUUGACUACAACUUGACAGGAGUUCCCUAUGCCAUUGUUUUGUUACAUUUUAAUCUUUGGGCUGAUUUGAUUCGCUCAUAUUACUGGUCUAAGUUUUUAUUCCAGCCAAGCAAGUACAAAAUUUUCGAGUGAGAAUUUUGAAUUGUACGAAUGCUUUUAGUACGAAUUAGUAUAUAGUAUACAUAUAUUUCAUGGA